UACAUCGGCUUCAAGAUUCGGGACGGCACUACACCAGAGCAAAAUUUCAUCAUGGCACGCGCAUGUGCUCAGCUACCGCGGUCUUAUAAACUCUGGAAACUUUUUCUCAACUUCAGAAUGAAGCAUGUCGCCGAGCUCAACCCAGUAACGUUCGCGGCAGACUACAAGAAAGUCAACGUACUUUUCGAGCGAGCAUUAACGCUGCUGCACAAGAUGCCCAGGAUUUGGGAAAUGUAUCUUCAAUUCCUGAUGCAGCAGCCGGUCGUUACACUUACUCGCCGAACUUUCGACCGAGCUCUCAGGGCUCUUCCAAUCACGCAGCACAAUCGCAUAUGGGCCUUGUACCUUCCUUUCGCGAACGCCGCCUCAGGUCAAACAGCUGUCAAGGUAUGGCGACGAUAUAUGCAAGUUCAUCCGGAAGAUGCCGAGGACUUCAUUGAACUCCUCAUCAAUGCUAGAGCCUUCACCGAAGCUGGAAAGCAGUAUGUCGAUCUUCUCAAUAAUUUUCGCUUUUCGAGCAAAACUGGCAAGGGCCACUAUGAGCUCUGGGGUGAGAUGGUCGAUAUGCUCGUUGAGCAUGCCUCAGAGAUCGAUGUCGAACACGAGACUGGACUAGAUGUGGAGCAGAUCAUUAGGAGCGGCAUAGCCCGGUUUACGGAUCAAAGAGGCAGACUCUGGGCCGGGUUAGCCACCUACUGCAUUCGUCGAGGUAGCUUUGAACGGGCACGAGACGUCUUCGAGGAGGGCAUUACCACGGUGAUGACCGUCCGAGAUUUCACUCUCGUUUUCGAUUCCUAUGUGGAAUUUGAGGAAUCGGUUAUUGGAACGUUGAUGGAGCUUGCAUCGACGCGCGCCGAACAAGGCUUGGUGGACGAAAAUGCCGACUUUGAGCUUGAUGUUCGGAUGCUCCGUUUCGAGCAUCUUAUGGACCGUCGCCCUUUCCUUCUCAACGAUGUCCUCCUCCGUCAGAACCCACACAAUGUCGCCGAGUGGGAAAAACGGGUCGCCCUCUGGGGUGAAAACAAAGCAGAGGUUGCUCAGACCUACACCGACGCCAUAUCAUCAAUUAAUCCCAAGCGGGCCGUGGGCUCUUUCCACCAGCUCUGGGCAAACUACGCAAGGUUCUACGAACGAGGUGGAGAUCUUCGAAAUGCGUGCAUCAUCAUGGAGAAAGCUGUCAAAGUGCCGUUCAAGUCGGUUGCGGAGCUGGCCGACAUGUGGAUUGAGUGGGCGGAAAUGGAGCUUCGCAACGAGCACUUUGACGACGCGAUCCGCAUCAUGGCCAAGGCUGUGCAAGCCCCCAAGAGGUCCACCGUCGACUACUUUGAUGAGAGCCUGACGCCGCAACAGCGCGUCCACAAAAGUUGGAAGCUCUGGAGCUUCUACGUGGAUCUUGUGGAGAGUGUCUCUACGCUGAGCGAGGUGCAAAAGGUUUACGAGAGGAUUUUUGAGCUUCGCAUCGCGACACCACAGACUGUUGUCAACUACGCCAAUCUGUUGGAGGAGAACCAUUAUUACGAGGAGUCCUUCAAAGUCUAUGAGCGAGGCCUGGACCUUUUUAGCUACCCAGUGGCAUUUGAGCUGUGGAAUCUGUACCUGACGAAGGCCGUCGACCGAAAAAUAGGCAUUGAGCGACUGAGGGAUCUUUUCGAGCAAGCGGUGGAGGACUGUCCCCCGAAGUUUGCCAAAACGAUAUAUCUCAUGUAUGGCAACCUCGAGGAAGAGCGUGGCCUCGCGCGGCACGCGAUGCGUAUCUACGAGAGAGCAACGCGAGCGGUCGCAGACGAGGAUCGUGCGGACAUGUUCAACUUCUACAUCACCAAGUCGGCCUCCAACUUUGGCCUGCCGUCAACGCGGCCGAUAUACGAAAGAGCCAUCACGGCGCUCCCUGACGCAGAAGCGAAAGACAUGUGUCUGAAAUUUGCGGAUAUGGAAAAGCGCCUGGGCGAAAUCGACAGAGCGCGGGCCAUUUACGGCCAUGCAUCUCAAUUUUGCGACCCUCGGACGAACGUGGACUUCUGGACGAAGUGGGAGCAAUUUGAGGUACAGCAUGGCAAUGAGGACACAUUCAAAGAAAUGCUCCGGAUCAAGAGGAGCGUCCAGGCCCAAUACAAUACCGAUGUCAACUUCAUUGCUUCGCAGGCCUUGGCUCGCAGCCAACAGAGGGCUGGCAGCAAUGCCGGGGAUGAGGCGUCAGACGCCAUGGCAGCUCUUGAGAGACAGGUCGCAGCACCAGAAGGAUUCGUGGCUGCAAGUUCGGCUUCGCAAAAGGUUGGCCACGCUGCAGGCGAAGCUGCUCGAAUUGCAAACCCAGAGGCAAUUGACAUUAAUGGGCUCGAGGAAUAGCCAUCUAUUAUCCGUCACAUCAACCACGGAUGGCCCUCGACAGGACAAGGUAUUGGCACGAUACAGGCGCUACAAGUCACCGUAUCGUUGGAUAGGUGGGGAGUCGAGUGACUGGGUCGGCCAUGAAAGAAAUGACAGAGAGUAAGUGGCAUAAGUCAAUAAAUGAUACCAGAUAAGACAAUGUACCGUAACCAA